AUAACCAUAGUGAGGCGUCGUCCGAUACCUCGAAAGGGACAUCGAAAGUCCAGGGCUGGAUGCAUCGUCUGUAAGAAGCGUAAGGUCAAGUGCGACGAGGGCUUGCCGCAAUGCGGGCAAUGCUCACGGCUUGGCCUCAGUUGUCAAUACACGACUGCUCCUGCGAGCGUAUCACAGGUUGUCGGUGAGCCGAGGGAAGUUGUCCAACGGCAGAUACACACGAACGCGCCCACGUUCGGAAUUGAUGACUUGAAGUUCUUUCAGAAUUUCCUCUUCCAUGCGUAUCCUCCCCUUCCUAUUGAAGGGUGGCAUGUUUGGCAACAUGUCGGCCAGAUGUCACAUGGUUACGUUUUUCUUGCCCACUCUAUGCUGGGACUUGGAGCGUCACAUCUUGCUGUUCUCUCCGGAGCUGAUUACGAACAGGCGGCUCUUCGCCAUCGAGUCACGGCCAUGACUGCGUUGAAUGAACACAUGAAAAAACCUAAAUACACAAGGGCUGAUGCAGAUGCCGCAUUUGCUGCCAUGUUGAAUCUGACCUUUCAGGCAGCGUACAUGGCCGAUGGGUUAACGGAUUUCUUGACAUUAGUCCGUGGUUGCUUACAGAGCAGGAAAGGCUUUGUCGUCGGAAACACUUUGCUUCCUAACUUUGAAGACUCGGCUUUCAAAACAUUCGCCAGAGCCACCUAUGUCGAGAAACUGCGCAAGCUCAUCGGGAGUAGCGGAGAGGCCGAAUCACUGGAUGCAGCCGUUGCAGAGGAAUUCUGUGACAGCUUGAAACGGCUGGCCCCAAUAUGCCGUAGCGUCCCAGAGCUACAGUAUUUGGCAAUGAUGCAGAGAAUAGCUAAUUUCGCCGUCACUAACCCGGCCGAGAGCUAUCAUGAACAUACAUUUCUUUAUGAAAGGCUCGGCGAGCUGAGUAUGGAAGACUUUUCUUCGUUUAUUGAACCCCAGAAUUAUGCUUCUCGGCUCACUAUCAUGCAUAUGCUCACCUUGGACUUUGUCAUGAGCCGGAAAGAUGUGCAGGAUGGAAGCCGGCUGGGUUCGAGUGAAGCUUAUCAAAAGGGAUACGACUGCCGGAAAAACAUGUCUGUGGCAUGGAUCGGCCAGAUGCUGAGCGAACUUCCAGAGGAGUAUCGAGUCUAUGCAGAAUGGAUACAGAGGUUCUCUCAGGGCCUCACCUUCUCAUUUGAUUCAGACGACGAGAUUUGGAAACCGUUUCUUCUACAUCAUGGGAAAGCUAAUCUCCCAAGCAGCCAAUAUCAUGGAUCUGUGCAGGAAGUCGAGAGUUGA